AUUUUCAGGGGAAAUUGUGAGUCUCAAAAUGUCUGUGAGCAGGAACAAGCUGAUGUUAUUAUUGGGACUGAUCUGUUUGGAACAAAGUAAAUCUGCAACUCUCUCUUUCCCCAAAGCUCUCAAUUGUGGGCAGAGUCUAGUUAAGGUACGACCUUGGAAUUAUUUGAACAUGUUCAGUCGCAUUGUUGGGGGGAGCCAAGUGGAAAAGGGUUCCUAUCCCUGGCAGGUGUCUCUGAAGCAAGGACAGAAGCAUAUCUGUGGGGGAACCAUCAUCUCCCCACAGUGGGUGAUCACAGCUGCUCACUGCGUUGCAAAAAGAAAUAUUGCAGCAACUUUGAACAUUACUGCUGGAGAACAUGACUUGAGCCAGACAGAGCCAGGAGAGCAAACCUUCACCACUGAAACUCUCAUCAUACACCCACAUUUCUCCACCAAGAAGCCCAUGGACUAUGAUAUUGCCCUCUUGAAGAUAGCUGGAGUCUUCCAAUUUGGCCAGUUUGUGGGGCCCAUAUGUCUUCCAGAGCCUGGGGAGCGAUUUGAGGCUGGAUUUAUUUGCACAGCUGCAGGCUGGGGCCGCUUGACUGAAGAUGGUGAAUUCCCUCAAGUCUUGCAGGAAGUAAACCUGCCUAUUUUGACCCAGGAGGAAUGUGUGGCAGCUCUGUUAACCCUAAAGAGGCCCAUCAGAGGGAAUACCUUUCUCUGCACAGGUUUCCCCAAUGGAGGGAAAGAUGCAUGUCAGGGAGAUUCAGGAGGUUCACUCAUGUGUCGGAAUAAGAAAGGGUCCUGGACCCUGGCUGGCGUGACUUCCUGGGGCUUAGGCUGUGGUCGAGGCUGGAGAAAUAAUGGGAAGGAAGAUGAUCAAGGAUCCCCUGGUAUCUUCACAGAUCUUAGUAAAGUGCUUCCCUGGAUCCACAAACACAUCCAAACUGGUAACAAAGCACUCAAACAAGCCUCAUGCAGUGAGCAGGAUGGUGUAGUCAUCAGGCCUGAGAGGGAGCCGCACUUCCGAGAAAGCCUCUAUUAUGAGAGCAAGCAUCUGUGUGUCUGGACCCUGCUGGUACCAGAGGAAAUGCAUCUGUUGCUCAGUUUUUCCCGCUUGGAUGUAGAAUCUUGUCAUCAUAAUUACCUGUCAAUAUAUUCUCUAGAAGACAGACUCGUUGGAAAAUUCUGUGGGGAAAGCCUCGCUUCAUCCGUUUUGAUUGGUUCCAAUGCUAUACGGCUGAAGUUCUUCUCCGAUGCCACAGAUUAUGCUGCUGGGUUUAAUCUCACCUAUAAAGCUCUUAAACCAAAUUACCUUCCUGAUUCGGGUUGUGGUUCCUUAAUUAUCCUUUUUGAAGAAGGAAACAUACAGAGUCUUCACUAUCCUGAAGAGUACAAUGAUAUGGCUAGCUGUAAUUGGAUUUUUCAAGCCCCUAAAUAUCACCUAAUUAAGCUUUCAUUUCAGAGUCUGGAAAUAGAAGAAAAUGGAGAUUGCUCUUCUGACUACGUGACAGUGCACAGCGAUGUAGAAAGGAGGGAUGAAAUAGCUCGUCUGUGUGGCUAUGCGGUCCCCAGCCCUGUGCUGAGCUCCUCCAGUGUCAUGCUCAUCAGCUUCCAAUCUGAUGAAAAUGGGACCUACAGAGGCUUUCAGGCCACAGUCUCUUUCAUUCCUAAGGCAGAUGUAAACAUCUCCAUACCACAGGAUGAGUCAGUAUUGCUGGAGACAUGGAAUGUGCCACCUGGAGAAACCAAUGCUUCUGGUAAACUGUUCCAGGGAUUGUGACUAAGUGAUGCACACUGAUCAGAUUGUUCAGAGAAAGAGAUGCUACAGGUUGAAUUGUCUUCUCAAAAAAUAUAUUGAAGUUUCCACCUCCAAUACCCUAGAAUGUGACCUUAUUUGGAGAUAAGGUCUCUACAGAGUGAAUCAAGUUAAAAUAAGGUCAUUAGAUUGCACCCUAAUCCAGUAAUGACUGGUGUCCUUACACAAAGGGGGAAUUUGGAUGCAGAGAAGGACUCAUUCAUGGGAGUAACACCACGUAAAAGGAAGGCACAGAUCAGAGUGAUGCAUUAUCUGCAAGUCAAGGAGCACCAACAAUUGCCAGUAAACCACCAGAAGCUGUAGAGAGGCAUGGGACAGCCCUCAGAAGAAACCAACCCUGCCCACAUCUAGAUCUUGGACUUUGAGCCUCCACAACUAUGAGACAAUAAAUUCUGUUGUUCUAAACCACCCAGUUUGUGGUAUUUUAUUUAG